AUGGUCGUUUCUAAGGAAGGUAAGCGUCGGCGUAAAGUGACGGCCAUAUCACAAGCCGGUGGUACCAACAAUUCACCCGCUGGUCCAAAUGGCCCCGCUUCGAAUGCUGCUGCUGAACGUGAUCUUUCUCCACCGGAAAUUCCCAAGCGGCCAAAGGUACACGCGCAACGUAAAUUCGCUCAAGGCCAAGGAACAGCUUCGUCGUCGUAUCUGAGCUAUUCUUCUGCUCCACCAACUCCGGCAAAAGAUGGCCAGACGCGAACACUUAACGUGGGAGCCGGUAACGGUGGUACGACGCCAGCGGUAACGGGAAGUGGUGCAACAUCAGAAUCGACCGCACAAGUAGCGGAACUGUUGCCAAACAUGCGACCAAACACGGACGAUUUUCUUACAUUUCUUUGCUUUCGUGGUACACCGGUGUUGCCACCAGCGUUGGACUUUUUCAACAAAUCAUCUCCUAACGCAGCCAACGCAACUGGUCAUAGCAGUCGAACUACCAGCCAACCAGUAAGACCAGGUAGCUCUAGCAUAAACAUGCCAACAACACCCGCAACUGUUGUCGCACCCGCAAACGAAAUACUCGCGCAAGCUUCCUCCAGUCCGAUCGCCUUGAAACGGGCGGAAGAAAAUAAUUCCUGCGAACAAAACAGUUCGCCGCAAAUAGUGUCAUCGGAAAAGUCCGUCUCGACGACGGUAAUUCCUCCCACGACAACCUACAUCCCUUUUGGGGUGCGCAAGCGUGCCGAGCAACAUCCGGCCCCGGCUGAUGCGCGUUCAGAUCGUAAACGAUCGCAGGAUAAAAUGCAAGCUCUUCGAAAAAAGUAUCACGAUCAACGUGUAGCUAAACUCAAGGGAACCGCGCUCGGUCAAAAACAAAACACACGAAGUAACAUUGCAGUCAACACACGGGCGUCGAUUGGUCCUGCAAAACCGUCUCAGGAUGAUGAUUCCGAUAACGAGACGACGGAUGAAGAAGACACACCAAAGGAAGCAUUUAAAGAAGAUGUGGAUGAUACGGACGACGACCUCCUACAAGAGGAGCAUAGUGAAGAUGAGAAGCAAACAGGGAGAUCUAUGCGAAAAGAAACGAAAGAAGAAAUGAAUGCUGGCAAAAGGAAAAGUGGUCUCCGAAGUAAUACAGCGUCACAUACUUCCGGUAGUCCGUUGACCGAAAGUGGUAAAAUGCUAUCAUCGAAAAAUACGCGUGGUGCAAGACGUGAUUCGCAGGCUGUUCUUCAUCAAAAGGAAACACGCAAGUUAUCUCCGGCAAAUAAAGUGAAAUGCGCCCCAUCAAUAUCUGAAACCCGAGCUGUCGCUGGUAGCGUAAAGAAAUUGGUCAAAGAUUCUUUGAAAAAUGUUAUCGCACAAAACGCAGCUGGUCCAAUUUCCGACUCAGAUGGUAAAGAAAAAAGAACGACUCGUUUGUCCGCUUUGCGUAAUCCUCAGAUGGAUAUCAACGAACAGGAGCAAAAUAAAUCAUCUGGUUCUGUUUGGACACGGAACGCUAAGGAAAGGCAAAAGUCACAACCGUCACCGGCACAGGACAAGGUAGUUUUUUCAUCUGAUGACGACGAACCACUUUCUCGAGCUACUCGAUCGGAAAAGCGUUUGUCAGCCACGACAGAACCGGCUGGUUCUAAAACAACACGCUCCGGUCGGGGACGCAAAUCGGAACCGGCCACACUAGAGAAGGAAUCUAGCGAAACUCCUGACAAGAAGGUUCGUCGUUCGGAAUCAGUCGUCAGUCGUCGCUCGGAUAUAAGCUCGAGAAAAUCCGAGCUGCGUGAGGUAGCUACCGUUCCGGUGCAGGGAGUAAAAACUGUGCCAGGCCAGCGGGGCAGAAAAAGAAAAGACGCAACCAUACAAUCCACUGGAAGUGUCGACAAACAGAAAGGCAACGAAUUUAGCAACGACAAGCAGGAUGCUCGCUCGCCGGAACCAACGGAAUCGAUUGGAGAGCGUAAACAGCUUGGACCUGGUAGGAAAAAGCGAGAGACACCUGUUCUUGAUACCACCAGGGAUGGAACAUCCACGCCGGAGGUUGAGGAAAAGAAACUAAAGACAGCCUCUUCGACGCCGGUAGAAUCGAUCAGUACCACGCGUCCUUCGCGCAAGACAAAAGAAGCGGCAACACUGUACAUGGAGCUCAUUGGAAGGAAACUCAAUCACGAUGACAAAUCGGAUGAUGACGCAUCCUCGUUGGACAGCUUAGAACUGCCCAACGUUCGCAGAAUGGAAAAGAUGGAAAACGAGCUAAAGGCAAAUGCCGGCAAAAAGGAUGCAAAAGCUCAAGCAAACCAACAAAGCAGCUCGAUGGCUACGAAAAUUGCAAAGGGUAAAACGAAAAAGACAUCCAACGCAAAAGAACGCUCUCCUGCUCAAGAAGAACCGAAAGAAAAAGAAACGGAACGAGUUUUAGAGAAGAGCUUUAGUGACUCGGAUGAGGAACCACUGGCGAGUAAAUUUCAGCGCAAAAAGCAGCAAGUCCGUAGGCAAUUGGCAAAAGCUAAAGAAGAGGAGCUUAAGAUAGGCGUUGGUCGUAAAAAAGCAAAGAAAGGUAACGUGGUCGGUGGGAAAUUGAACGAACAGCAAACGCCCGAAAAAGCAAAUGAAAAUAACAAGCAAGACAAUUUGAUCAAUCAGCAACAGAAAUCCACGUCACCAAAGGCACCAAAACGCGGAACAACAGUUGCCAACGCGAGUUCCUCGCCAGUUGGGAAGCAAAACGGUACAGCCUCCUCAUUUGGAGCCCCAAAGGUGAACGCAAAAGCGAGUAUCAUAAGUACGCAAGAAACACGUAUGCAAUCACCGGAAUUUCCGAAAAGUCCAGCCACCUCCGAUGGGCAGAAUCUCUCCCGGUUAAACAAAUCGCUCGACAAUACGCUGCUCUCCAGCGUAUCGGUUGAACCGGCCGAAAGUCCAAUUAAGGUGCCACAAAUGCUUAACAUACCGACGGUUGUAACGAGUCAAACAACGUCUUUUAUGCCAGUAUCACCAACGGCAGUGCCUGCGCAGGCACCAUUUACCCGUACCAUUAAACCGUCACUCGGUGCUGCAUCCGGUACGGCAGCAAACAACACCACCGGAGACGGAUUUCAACUGGAGAAAACGCCAACGGUUCUACCACCCGUGGACAACGCUCCAUUCAAUCGCACUGGGACUACUGCGAAAGGAGACUUGUCGUCACCGGUCAAUGAUUCCGAGGUGUUAAAGGGAUUCGACAAGACUUUGACAACAGAACCGGCAACAACAGGCAAACUAUCCACACAUUCGCUAUUGGGUAACCUGUUGCCGAGCAAGGAAGAGUCGGAGAAAAUUUUUGGCAUAGCGAGCGUCAGCCUUGCGCAAAGUUCCGGACCAUUGGACACAAAGUGUACGCUCGGGAAGUGUGGCUCCGUGCACAAACCACCGCUCGGGCCGCCCGUCUUGACGGAAUCGCUGCUCGGCGGCAAUCUUUCGCCGCGGGAUCGUCGUAAGGCGAAAGUCAACAUGACUCACGAGCAGAUUCAAAAGUGGAUCUACGAAUCCUCCUGGUCACCCAUUGAAGACGAUCUCAAGGAUGACAAUUUAGAUAUUGCUAUCCUCGAACCGAGUCCAGGUACCUCGAGUGCGCAAACUCCACCGCCGUCGGUAACUGGACCAGUACAAGCGACCUCCGGUCCUUCCGCGUGGGAACGGCUGAAUGCGCAAACCGAUACAGGUUUAUCCAACGACAUUAUCGAUCUUGUGUCUCCGUCGGUGGGAGUGAUCGCUUCGUCCACACCGCUUUCCACAUCUGUCGCUGGAAAGGCACGUGGCUCAAAGGAGGAUGUCGAACGAUUGUUGGCUGUCUCUGGUACACAGGCGCAUAAAUCCACUCUAUCGGUGACCAAAGUGACACCGCAAUCGGAGCUUAAAGAUUUUGUGCCGGUGGACAAUAGCACCAAGCCAACAAGUUUCGCUGUAAAGGACACUGCCGUAAUACCACCGACCAAGGCUGCACCCAGCGGUCAAACAAAGGAAGUCACAUCCACCUCCAUUUCAGUCGCAUCCGGAAAGCAACGUGAAACGUCUGCAAAAGAAUCGGGGCGGAAGGCAAAAGCAGAAACAUCGGGUACGAGCACGCCAGUUUCGCGCUCUGCUGCCGAGACACCGACGAAAGGCGACCGGAAGCCAAUCUACCGGACAGCGACGGGACGUACGCCUGUCUACAAACAGGAACCGUUGGCCAACAGGCAGUCACCCUCAACUCAGAGCGCUCAAGUACAGCACUUGCCUACGACACCGCCUUCCGUGAAACAAACCGUCGCUCAGGGAUCGUCUCAGAGCAACAAGUUCGGUGCAUUUUCACCGGUCAACGAGCCGAGUGUGUAUUCUUUCGACAAGGAGGAAGAUUUCAUGCCUGUAGCUACACCCUUUCGCAGGCAACACGGUACAGCAGUUGGAGGAAGGCGUGAGUCUUGCAAUUCGAGCACACGUGACGAGAUAGGUGGUACCAAGCGGCCUGAUACGGCAAGUCCGAUGGUUGACGAAAAGUCGCCCCCAUUCCCGAAACCACCCGUAGUACCCAAGGGCGGAGCAGCCGGUUCGGUCGCCCUUAAUCCAGAUGUGAAAGUCAAACCAACCGAGGUGGCAGUCCUUCUGCGAGACGCCGAUAAAAGUGGAGAUAAGAAGAAGCGUUUUGGGACCGUAGAAGAUGUAAAGGGGGAACCGAGCAGCACCGUUAGCGAUGGGGAUGUGGACGGAGUGGCAGGUGGCCAAACGUUUUACAUUCCGCUGCAGGGCCCAUCGGCGGGUACGAGUGGCGGUGGUGCCGGAAGUUCCACAAACAAGUCCUCUAACCAACUCAUCCAAGGUGUAGCCGUUAAACUUGGCACCGAAGGUCCGGAUGGACCAAACCAGCGCGUCAUUAUGCACGCAAAGCUAGUGACAAAGGCCGAGAUGGGUUCGAAUCCGGCCACGCUGCCAGAGUCGAUGAACGUGCAGGAGUUAGUCAAGAGUCUGACGACACAGGGCGGAGCGACAGCAAGUGGUCUGAGCAAAGAAGCUCUUUCAAAGCUGCCGUCAGGUGCGAUACAACCAACAAAAGGCAGAUCGACCACGGAACAGACGCCGUCGACAGAUGCACGUACACCGACACUCGAAGAUCGCGCGAGUGCGGAACCAACAUCACGAGGGUUGUCUCGGAUAGCUUCCAACUCGUCGCUUUCGUCACAACGCUCAAAACCACCCGGUAAGAGCGCAAACGCAAAGGGUACGGGACGGAACAGUAGCGAGACGUUUCCACCGCCCAAACCAGACAACAACACCGUAUUUCCGCGCCGAGAUGAUCCGGCCCAGAUGGUGGAGGCACCGGUUUUUAAGCCCACCGAGAAAGAGUUUCAGGAUCCGAUAGAGUACAUCGAGCGGAUCGCGCCAGUCGCGUCGCGGUUUGGAAUCUGUCGCAUCAUCCCACCGGCUAGCUUUAAGCCGGAGUGCCGGAUCGCGGAUGAUAUGCGCUUCAUGGCGUACAAUCAGUACGUGCACAAGAUGUUGCAUCGAUGGGGUCCGAGUGCAAAAGAGUACGCCGCCAUCAAGAAGUAUCUGGCGACGCAAAGCAUCAACCUACAGUCGCCGCCCGUGAUUGGCGGGAUGGAAGUGGACUUGCCGCGACUUUACCACACUGUGCAGGAGCUCGGCGGUUUGAAGGAGGUAAUCGAGAAGAAAAAGUGGGCACGCGUGUCAGAGGACAUGUGCAUCCCUAAGGCGGCUCACGAUCGUGUCUCGAAGCUGGACGAUAUUUACUGCAAAUAUCUGUUGCCAUAUGACACGCUGUCGCCUGCAGAACGCCAGAAGCUGUUCGACGAGGUCGAAGCUGACUGGGCUAAGCGGGAAGCGAAAGCCCGCCGGAACGCGGACAAGGGCGUUGGGUCGGAGAUUCGCAACAGCGGCGACUCGGAUGAGGACGAAUCGAACGAUGAAGAUGAUGAGGAAGAGGACGAAGACGAGUGCACGAUGGAGUGCAUCGUGAAAGGGCGCAGUAUGCCGUUGAACCAGUUUUUUCGCAUCGCCCGUAACACCAUGUCACUGUGGUUCCGGAAUAGUGAACCGGCCGUCGCGGAGAUCGAGGCUGAAUAUUGGCGCCAUGUGGCCGUACGAGAUAGCCACGUGUGUGUGCACUCCGGUUCCAUUGAUUCGAGUGCGUUCGGUUACGGCUUCCCAAACCCCAAAGUAAAGGGAUCAUCCUGCGCGAAACAUCCUUGGAAUCUGAAGGUGCUCACGAAUAAUAGUGGCUCGAUUUUGCGCUCGCUCGGUCCGGUCAUGGGCAUCACGAUACCGACGCUGCACGUGGGCAUGCUGUUUAGUGCCUGCUGCUGGUAUAGGGAUCCGCACGGUCUGCCGUGGAUCGAGUAUUUGCACACAGGUGCGAACAAAAUCUGGUACGGCGUGCCGGACGAUCAGAAUGCCAACUUCCGGGCGGCUCUGACCGUGCUCGUACCGACACACUGUCAAAACAAGACGAUCUGGCUUCCCUGCGAUACGGCAAUGGUGCCGCCUCACAUGCUGACGGACCGGAGCGUAUCGUUGUGCCGGACUGAGCAGCAACCGGGACAGUUUGUGGUGGUGUUUCCACGCGCGUACACAUCGAGCUUGUGUACCGGGUACGCGGUGUCCGAGAGCGUUUACUUUGCGACCAACAGCUGGCUUGACACGGCCAAAGAGGACUUCCGGGACAUACAGGAGAGCUGUGAACCGACGAUGUUCUCCGUGGAGCAGCUGCUGUUUGCGAUCGCAAAUGAUCAGCGUAGCAAUCACGAUACGCUCGUCCAAGCGUACCCAAUGAUUGUGGAUAUUUAUGAGAAAGAAAAGCUUCACCGCCAGACACUGAAGCAACAAGGCGUGACCAAAUCGGAACGUAUCGAAUCGAAGAAAAAGAGCGUCUCGCUGGAUGAGUUUGAGUGCGAACGGUGCCGUGCAAAUUUGUAUCUAUCGCUGGUGAAAGCAAAGGUACACCGAUCCGACGACGAUGGCGAUGAGAACGACGGCGAGGACGAUUCGUCGGUAGACGAGGAUGAUCGCAUCUACUGCCUGAAACACGCCGUCAAGCAUCUAGCGGACGGUGGCCUUCAGACGAACAACUGCCGGCUGGCAUUCACCUACUCACUGGAGGACAUUGAGGACCUUCUGAAGAAGCUGCAGGAUCGGAUCGCUAACAAAAAGUCAUCCAAAUCAAGCGUCUGCAGCAGCGGCGGAGGCGGUGGUGGAGGUGGUGGAGGCGGUGGUGGUGGUGGUGGAGGAAGCGGCCGCGGAAAAUCGUCCCUGCACCUAGCAUCCACUUCGUCCCAGUCAUCAUCGUCCUAUCAGGCUCCGAUUCAUGGCAAAUAUGCCGGAAUGGCGACUAUGCUGAAGUAG